UUUGGUUGGGCGCGCAGAUUCAAAUCAGAUCCGAUGGCUCUCCGUGCAGUCCUACAAUUCGUUUGUGCGUUGGGAGUCUUUCACAAAGGUCUAACCUCUGUGAUAGAAACCCAGCAGACUGUGAUGGCAGCAGUGGGAGAAGAGGCUCAGUUAAACUGUCAGCUGAUGCAAUCUAAAGAUGUUCUGCAGGUCACAUGGCAGAAACUAUUACCUGAGGGGGAGAAGAAUCUAGCUACUUACAACAAAUACUUUGGUCAAAAGGUGAAUGCUGGUUUUGAAGAGAAAGUGGAGUUUAAAUGUGCUGGACUACAGAACAGCUCCAUAGUCAUCAGGAAGGUGACGGAGCAGGAUGAAGGAUGCUAUCGCUGUUUGUUUAACACCUACCCUGAAGGAGCUCUCACUGCUACAACCUGCCUCCUACUCUAUGAGCUGCAUGAACCUAUUCUCCAUGUUGGAGAAUCCAUCUCUCCUGAAGAGGCAGUAGUGUCCUGCUCGGCCACAGGUCGACCUGCUCCCACAGUUACACUGACUGUCCCUCACCACAACUCUUCCAGGGUCACCAACACCAACGGUACAGUCACUGUCACCACUACAGCUGUGCUGCCUCGUCUCCAUGGCAACAGCACACAGGUUGGAUGUGCAGUGCGAGUGCUCUCUGGUCCUCAGAUAGAGGUGUUUACCAUGAUUCCUGAGAUCAGACAGCCGUCUGCUGAUGAUUUCACUUUGAUCCUUGUGUUGUCUUUGGUAAUGGCCGGUGUUUGUCUUGCCGUAAUCAUCGCCGUCUGGCUCAAAAGAAAACAUUGGAGCCGUCUGUCACACAGGGACUCUGAGGAGAACAAGACACCACAGAAAACAACUAAAGAUGAUCAUGAGUCCAAAACACCUUUAAUGAGUCAAGAGAAUGAGGUACGGCAACGGGUGUCUACUGUGAAAAAAAAACAUCACAUCCCCCCUAAAGUAUCAUCUCCAACAGUAAGAUGCAAAUUAUUUUGUGAAACAGAAUAACCCACAAGGCUGAAGUCCCUGAAUGAAGACAGUUGGACUUGAACAAAACUGCCUCAAAGCCUAAAAACAUGUCUAAGAUCAAUUUUCCAAAGAAUGACCCAGAGGACAUGUCUGUCCUGGUUCAUAGAUAAGGAUUCCAGCAGAUCAAAGAUAUUCAUGUACACCGUAGAUUUGGUGUUAAUGUUUUCAUACUUGAAUUUUUUUUUUAGCAUUUGACCCACCAACUUACUGUUAUAUAUGUGUAUAUAUAAUUUCACUACUGCUUCUUUUUGUUUUGUUUUUCACGUGAACUGAAAUAUGGCAAAGAUGAAAUUUCAGGGAACUGUAAAUAUGCUGAAUAUGAAUAUAGAAUGGGUAUAAAUCUUGUGUCAAAAGAGCAUUUAACAAAAUAAAAAAAAAAGUGUCUUCAAAACACGUCUCAAAUCA